CUCGACAUUUUCUUACCACAAUAUGGUUAAUAAAUAUAAACAUAUUUCUAGUCCCACCAAAAAAAAAACACCCUGCUCUUCUCUCAUUGGCUGUUGUGCCAUGCGUACGCGACCGAAAUAAAAUAUAUUCAUUUCACUGCUAUGCGCACGACCUCUCUCCCAUGCACACGACCAACUUUCUGCUAUUGUGAAUCGUUAGGUUAGGAAACAUGGCGUUCAUACCCUAUGCACACGACCUACUGUUACCGUUACUGUUAUUUUUUCAAUUGUGAACCCAGCUUUAAGAGGAUUGGAUUAUAUUCGCACUUUGUAUGAUGGUAACGGAACACGGCUUAUGUUAUUGUAUUGUACCGCGAAGUGACUAUUUAAAUCUUUGCGAGACAGUUUAGUUCAGUAGUUUACACGACCUAAUUCCUAGUAGUCUUAGAAUUAUUUGCAUUAAAGAAGCGUUGUAAUGACACUCAGCAGUUUUUAUUCUUCGAGUGCUUAACUUGAAGCUGGUUUUAGUGUAUUGGGACAAUCUACACAAGACCAGUAAUUGGUCAAGUAAAAGCAACUAAAUGGGGUCUAUAACGAAGUUAGUUGUGAGCGCUGUGAUUGUUUGCCUGGCGCUCACGUUUCUCCCCGGCUUGCCUCCGCACGGUACCUUCACUGCUCACAGCGUGGCCCCGCCGAUGCCCCUGGAAGGGCCGCUCGCCCCCAACACGCGGCUCGACGGGGCAGAGCACUUGUUCGAGGGGGAGAUCAAGGGCCCCGAGAGCUUCGCGGUGCUCGGUGGAGCUCUGUACACCGGGGUGCACGGGGGCCACGUCGUGAAGAUCCUGCCAGACAGGAUCGUGCCCGUCGCCAAGUUCGGCAAGGACUGUUAUGGUUUUUGGGAAGAAGAGAAAUGUGGGCGGCCUUUGGGUUUGAAGUCUGGCAAAGAUGGUUUCUUGUAUGUAGUGGAUGCCUACUAUGGUGUUUAUAAGCUGAACACUACUACAGGCAAGUCGACGCUGCUGGUGUCCAAGCGCGUGGCAGUCGACGGUAGGAAGCCUCAGCUGCCCAACAGCGUGGACGUGGCCAGCGACGGGACGCUCUACUGGACCGACUCCAGCAGCGACUACUUGCUUCAGGAUGGAGUGUACACGCUUCUGACCGACGGCACCGGCAGGUUGUUUCAAUACAAUCCAAAAACCAAUUCGAGCAAAGUGCUGAUAGACAAGUUACAGUUUGCCAAUGGAGUUAUUUUGUCGCAAGAGGAGGAUUUUGUUCUGGUUGCUGAAACUGGCAGGAGUCGGGUUCACAGGUAUCACCUGAAGGGUCCGAAGAAAGGCCAGCGAGACAUAUUUCUGGAUGGCUUGCCAGGCUUGCCGGACAACCUGAAGCCCAACGGACACGGGGGCUUCCUCGUACCUCUCGUAGCCAGUCGAGAUGUCAACAACUCUGUGCUGAGCCAAGCUCUCGGGCCAUAUCCGCUGCUCAGGAAGUUCUCUGCCCGGCUGCUCGCACUUCUGGACCUCGUCUUCCACAAGAUUAACCAUGUUUUCCCCAAUUACUUUGCACAGCGAGCAUUGCACUGGGUUGGGCAUUUUGAGAGCAUUGUACCACUGACUCCAUCGCGGGUGAUAGUGCUGGAUGUGAAUUCUAGUGGUCAGAUCACAGGCAGCUUGCAUUGUCAGGAUGGAACGCUCACGGGGAUCAGCGAUAUCGAAGUUUAUAAUGGUUAUUAUUACCUUGGCUCUCCUUUUAACUCGUACAUUGGCCGUGUACGGAUCCAGUAAUGAAGUUGUGAAACGUGCGGUUGGUACCGAGGGAGGUGGUGCUACGGCUAAAUGUUGGACCCUAGUUCAGGAGGGCGGCCCGUUCAUCCGGAUUCCAUUAUCAAUGGUUUCCUGAAACCACUCCACACGAAUGCUCACAGGGUUCUCCACUAUGGGCCGUGGCCGAGUCCUUUCCCACUUUUCGUGACGUUGGCACGUCCACCAUUUUGGCCUCUGCCAGUACCAUGUUGUUGUGCGAUCCAAAGACACACACCAACACCACAGCAACAUCGUAUACCUAUGGACUCUGGAAGUUUACAACACACGAUAGGUCGCUUUCCGCACCCAGUAUGUACACAUGUGAUAGCUCUAGAACUUGAUGCGUAGGUACCAAAUGUGUUAAUAUCCUCCCUGCUGUGUUAUGUUCCCAUCCUCCUUGUAUGUAUAACACCAACAAGAGUUGUACCACGUUGUACGUUUAACAAUGGCCAACAGUCAACUUCAGAGAAAGCUCUUCCCAGAGUAAUCUGGGAGAAGGUGACCAGUAAAAGACGUAAGUUUAAAAUCAUUUUUCAUUCGAGCUCCUCGAUUACGAAGCAGCCUUCGGGAUUCGCUCCGAACCUCCCCGACCUCUUUCUCCAGCAGCAAUCUUUGGUGUCCACUCCAACCUCAUGUCCUGAUGGACAUCUCGGGACACUUCAACGUGUAUGGUGCAUGUAGGUCUGUAUGUAUGACCUCAACAAGAUGUAAAAAAAAAAAAAAUUAGUUAAUAUUGGUGUGCCUUGAAAAUAUUUUUCACCCCACUUCCUUCCUUUUCUCUCCCCUAUAGGUUGAUCAGUGUUCAUUUUUUUGCUGAAAGUUAAAAUAAACAUUUUCUUAUUACAGAGGGUGCAGACCCACGUUAACUCAGCCAGGCUCCUACUUUUCUCUUUGCUCCUGAUCUCACGGCUUGGAUGUAAUUCCUCCCUCUCACCGUGACUGCGGGCGAGACUGCUCCCGUCAGCCCCUACUGGAGCACGAGCCUCCUAAGAUGUCGUCUGAACUAGGAAACUCUGGUCAGGCAUGGAGAUGCUUUUCGUUUCGCCACCGCCAGAGCACGUCAAAGACGCUAAGUUCGUCAAGUUCCCACUACGCCAACUCUUCCUCUAGCACCCUCUUGCCCACCCCGUUUUUCGCUGGUGUUCCUAGAAUCGGGUGUCCAAAGCAUUGGCCCGUUGACUGUCUCUAAAUCCAGUUCCCCUGCUGGUGGAACAAAGCCACGCCCCCAAGCAUGCUACUAGUGCCCCUCAUGCACGACCUGUCUGUCAUCUGUAUUACUAAGACAGAGAUAGUUCUUCCCCUUCCCGCCAGGUGGCGACUACAGCCACAGGCCGGUCAUUAGUCUGAGCGCCCCCGCGUGCCGUCUGCCAGCAGUCUUGGGAACCAUUGGGCAGCACGGCCCAGGUCUCUUUAUUUUUUGUGGGUCUCUACUUCCUAAGGAUCAAUUGCCAAUCAGAGGCUACUAUCUCCUCCUCCUUGGCAUAGCUCCGCCCCUUUCCCCUCCCUCCUUUCGGCACCAUGGAUGGCACCUGAACUAUACGAGCACCAGCUGGAUUGCGGCUGUUACAUUCCAGUGCGCGUACGAGCUAGUCACCGACUCUCGCCUGGCAACUCGGAAUUCUUGGUUGCACCGCGUAGAGACAGAUCACUGCCUGUGGCGAGAUGUAGUCGCUUUUGCAUGGGAAUACUAUUCCCUUGUUGUCUUAUUGCUUUUCUGUCUGGUAGCGUUUUAGCAAUGCCACUCCGCAAGAGUACUUUAUUUUGAUCCUGCGCUUCUACCUUGGUCACACUUACUUGAUUACUUUGAUCACUUACUUCAUUACUACCCUCCAAAAGAAUAAGAAUAAUAAAAAAUAAUAAUAAACCUCGGAUAAAAUCUAAACAUUUGGUAGUUGUACCAUAAUACAUGUACAUUGUUACCUCUCCCAGUGGAUUAGUUCUAAAGGAAUUUAUUCCUGUACUGUAUUUUCUUUUAAAACAGCAAUAUAGACCAAGCCAGUUAGUUGCAGCUAAUGCUUGUAGGAGUUAAGCAAAAUUUAUUUCUCACUCACUCCGCUCUGGCUCUGGGUUUUCUGCACACUACUGUGUUUCCUUAUAUAGGUCAGUUCAUGCUUCCAGGAUUUGUUUUUUAUCAACAAUAAGUUAGAAUUAACUAAACCCAGAGUGGAGGGGCACAGUUGAAUAUUGUAUUGAUAGAAAGUCAUUGGAACUGAAUAUGUGUUUUCAUUAACAUCUUCUAUGUAAAAUAAUGGUAAAGGGUUUGUUUGUGUGUUGGUAGCAUAUUUAUUGGUUCUGACUGGGAUUAAGUUUUGCUAAAAGUUUAUUUGAAUUUUUUUGUGUAGCUCUCCCAGCAUAUGUUGGGCUGUGGAAGUUAUUGGCAGCUGGUAAAUGCUGAAGGUGCCAUUUCCUUUUUUGUUGUCAUUAUAAAACAUUUAAAUGUAUUAACAAGAAUUUAAUUUUUUAAUAUCUGUAAUUACUACAAUUUAAGAGGUUGUGACUAAAAAUUUUGAGACUGAAAUUUUUUACAUUGAUUUUUUGUGUGUAUGUAUUUGUACAGAAUAUUUUUCUUUUGCUUUCAACCAGUAUCAAUUUAUGAAAAUUCAUGCGUCUGUAAUUUCUGAAGCGUGCUUUACUUAUAGAGAUUGAAACCAGUGUGAGCAAAGGCCCAGACGCAAUCAACAUGAGUCUUUCACAAGCAUAACACAGUAUUAUACACACACAAUUUAAUUUAACGAGAGUUUGUUUUCAUUUAACGCAUGCUUGAUUCUGGUUAUUACUAAUAUGGUGUUACAUUUCCAGCCAACUAGAAUCUCUAAAUGUCAAUUCAUGUAAUUAAUAAAAAAUUUUAAAAAAUGUGUGUGCUAACCAUAUUGUACUAAAUAUUAUUUUCUACUGUUUAUUAUGUUGUAAUACUUUCCCAAUUCAACCGCUAUGCAAUAAGCAUUUACAGUGCGCUUUAUGAAGGGGGUAAAAUGUUUCAACAUUUAUUUUAGAAUUUUUUGAACUAUUGGUUUUUAUUUUUGAAUUCCUUAUACCUUUCACCCCAACAACUACAGCAAAAUUAAAUUUUCACAAACUUAAAAAAAAAAAAAAAAAAAAAAAAAAAAAAAAAAAAAAAAAAAAAAAAAAAAAAAAAAAUAAUAAUAAUAAUAAUAAUAAUAAUAAUAAUAAUAAUAAUAAUGGAAAUGUGGUAUUCAGAGAUGUUUAAACCAGGCCGAUGUGCUUGUUUUGUGUUGUGCAAGUACUUAAUCGCUAUAACUAUCAAUGCGUAAAUAUUUGUCAGUUUGGCUAGCCUUAUUGAUUGUUCAUGAAAUUGUGAAUAGAAUAUUUUUGCCAUUGGUUGUUUAAUUCAUCAUCAGCCACUGGCAGAACCAGUUUCGAAUUAUGGGGAGAGGUGAUGCGAUGACCUGAGGUUUUUGGGUGGUAUGGAAUACCUUCCAGGGAAUUGGGAGACUUUUUUAAAGGUAUUUCUGGUGUCUUGAUAAGUCAUUAUCAGAAGUAAGGUUUUUUUUAAAUUUUAAUUUUAAGAGUACUAAAAUGUAAAAAAAUGUAAGUUUUGAGGAUGCUAUGAAGGAGGGAGCAGUCACCUCCUUGCUCCUCACAUGGGACCAUUGCUGUCAUCAGCUGCACUUAGUAUUAAUUUUCUUUGAAAAUUGGCAGUUUCAUGCAGAGGUUUUUUUUUUUUACGGUUCAUUAGUUUUUGUGUAGUUUGCAAAUGUUAUUACUGUGGGAGGUUGAUAAUCCAGCUCGUUAGGAACCUUGUCCUUGCCAGAUUAUCGAACCUUAGAAUAGUUUUAAUGGGAAUACCAAGUGUGGAAAUAUGAACUAUAAUCCGCUGGGAACCAGGAAACACUACUAAAAUGUAAACCACCAGUAAUGAUAAACUCUGAGAAAAAUAAAAAUGUGUGGGGCACAGCAAUGCAGUCUUGUAGACAAGGUGAACAGCCAGAAUGCACCCAAAAUUUUCUGAACACCAGCGGCUCGAUUGGUACAGAAUUACAGAAUGGUCGGAACCACAGUGUGUCGAGUUAAUUCGCUGUAGUUAAUAUGCUUUUGGAAAAACUCUCUCUUCAUGAGAUGUCUUUAAGAAGGUUAUUUCCUGUUCAUCUGAAUUAUUUUGCAUGAAUGUGUUUGUGUAAUGUAUACAUUAAAUAAAACCUUUAAAUAUUUUUUGUUAUGUUUUUGACAUGACACUUAACCAAACCCACAUUAAUAGAAUUGUGUUUUGACAAACAUUAGCCAUGCCGAACAAUAAAAUCUGUUGUCUGAAUAAGUUAGUAUUUACUAGUAAGGCCAAAAAAAACUUUCCUGCCGUACAGUUUCAAAUUUUGUAAAAAAAAAAAAAAAGUCUUCUAAAUAAAUUUUGCGUUGAAGAAUUUUAGAAAUUUUUAGUUCAUGUGAUAGUUACAUUAUUAUGUAAGUCAUAAGUUAUCUACUUCACAAUCAUUGUGUAUUUUUUACAAAUUCAAAAUGUACGAUUUAUUUUAUAUAUGUGUGUGUAUAUAUAUAUACACACACAAUACAUAUAUACAAUAUAAAGAGAAAAAAUGUUCUGUAUACCAUAGUUAUAAUUUGCUUAAAUUAGUUUUGUGUAUGGUAGAUUGUUGUAACCAUGACUUGUAAAAUCUAUGUGCUGUAUUUUGCCAGUUUUCAUUUGUAGUUUUAUGCUAUACACCUCAUAAUAAGUGUGAAUAUGAAUGGUAAAGAUGUAAUUCGCUAAGUUUUGAAGUUUGUGUGUUAAAUUUCAAAACCACACAGCUAUAUAUUUGUGUUAUUUUCCUAACAGGCCUUUCUCAGAACUGUGUGUGCUCGAAGCUGAAUUUGUUGAAUAUGCUGUUUCCUAAAAUAAAAUAUAACUAGGUGGACUACUGUGAAUGUGAAUAGAAGUAAGUUCAGAUGAUCUACUGGGCAAUGUACCAUUAGUUGUGGAUGAAACCACAAAACAAUCUGAUGCUUUAUUUUUAUGCAUAGCAUCCAGAAGUUCAUCUCAAGUUUCUCAUGUUGGUGUUCAUGAUGGCUCUAGUACGAUGCUGCCAAAGGUAUGGCAGAGCAGGAUAGCCACUGUAUAUUGUUUUAAGACUGGUGUUGUCUUUGCCUUGAUAAGUUUGAAACUGUUAGUCUGUUUUGUUCUCAUUCUUUAAAAGGAAAUAACUAAGGCUAAACAAAUGUUUUCAAGAUACUGUCCUUAAAGUGAUCUAAAUGUGACUAUUUGACUUGAACAUAUCUUUACCUGUAAUGCUUACUACAACAAUGAACAGAAAAGGGGGGGGGGGGAGAAUAUAAAACAUAAUGUACGGUAGGAAUGCAUAACUUAACUUGUAACAUUUGGAAGACUGGAUGGUAGUGAACUGUACAACAAUUACCUAACUUCUGGUGAUGACUUGUAUUUGAAACAAUAGUUUCAUAUGAUUUUUGACGCAGGCCAAACUUCUUGCGAACUGUUUGUGUGUGGGCAAGUGAGCGUAAGAGGUAAGUGGGUUGGAAGGGGAAGUAGAGGAAGGUAUUUGAAGGGCACGGCCAAGGAGGUUGGAAAAUCUCCUUGGGCGCUGCAUUUUUCUCCAAGUGCUAUACAAGUUCAAAAAUGUGUAACCAUAUUGGGUGUAGUGAGAGAUAUGUGGAUACACCCACCAUCGUAUUAAAAUGAUUGAUGUACCUACAACCAGGCUGUGUGAAGACAGCACUAUUUGGUUCUGUAAGACUCUGCACACUAAGUAUUUGGCUCUGCUGGUUUGUUCUGAGUAACGUGUUUCCAUUUAUAUUUGGACCCUUGCUCGCAAGAUGUUUGGCUCGCACUAUGCAUUACUUCAUAUGUUCAAUUGUAUGUGUUAGUAUAGGGAUAUAGGAAUAUAUAUAUUUUUUUAUUAUUGUUAAAUAAUUUAAUUAUGAACAUCUUUAUUUUUGUAUGGUAUUUUAUGGAGAGAUAUGUAAAUUAAACUGUUAUGGUUUGACUACAUGAGUUGGAUUGAUUUACUCAAUGUGCAAAUAAUGCACACUUGUACUUUUUGGCUUACGACUAACAUGCAAGUCUGUAAAGUGUUCCGGUAGUACUAGGGAUCAUGUUUGGCUGUUGAUAAAAUGACAAUGACACCUUAAGUGUGUUACAGUUGAGACAAACUGUAUCAAUGUUGACACGUACAGACUUUGCAGUUUUUAAGUUAAAACUUAAAUUUAUGUAGCCUCAAAUCAUUAUUAAAAAAC